AUGCUUAAGUCAUUGAUCAAACCACAGUAUUUUUCCCACCUGCAACCAAGAUACUUCAGCACUACAGUUAGGUUGGGUCAGUUUAAAGAUUGGAAAAGCUUGAGCAAAAAGGACAAACAGGAGUUUAUUACCAACUAUGUGGAACUAUUCCAAAAGAAGCAUCCUUGUAGCAAGGGAAAUGUCAUGAAUAAAAAUUUAUCCGAAGGAAUGCAUGAAUACGACGAUACUCCAUAUGUGUUUGGUAUAAUUUACAAUGAAAUCAGAUCUAUAGCACUUGGUGAACCAAAUGACAAUGAAGAUGGUGAAGGUGUUCUAAGUGAUCGAGAAUUUUCCAGCCUAUUGUACAAAUAA